AUGGAAGGAAUUGGGUUUCUAUUCAUUCUUUCGGCGGCCAUGUUCUUUGGUAGCUACUUGGCUGGCUCAAUUCCAUUAAUGUUCACACUUUCAGAGUCUCGAAUACGUCUAGUCAGUAUAUUCGGUGCCGGCCUUCUAGUAGGAACUGCACUAUCCGUGAUUAUUCCGGAAGGUGUCGAGGCGUUGUAUUCAUCUCAGCGAGAACUUGAGCAUUAUUCUCACGAGCACAAGCAAUCAUUAUCUCCACCAUCUUUGUCGAAUCCUGCAGAAGCAAAAAAUAUUCUCGAAAAUACAAAAGACAAAGAUGGACAAAUAGAGAAUUUACCUAGAAUUAUACCAAAAGAUGCUGUUUUAAACGAAGCAAUUGCUCGAGCCGUCCGAUCAAUUUCAUAUUCGAACGACGAACGGUCAAAACGAGAAAAUUUUAUAGAAACACAUUCCGAAAAUGAAAGCGCACAAAAAGUAGAGGAAGAACAUCAUUCUCAUAAUAAUAUACAUUCUCAAAUCGGAUAUUCGCUCGUUUUGGGAUUUGUUUUGAUGCUGCUAGUGGAUCAAAUAGGAAGCGCGGCGACUUCAAGAAACGAUCGAACUGGACGAAGUCGAAUUGGAAUAUCCGCCACAAUCGGGCUAGUUGUUCACGCGGCAGCUGAUGGUGUUGCCCUUGGAAGUGCAUCGGUCAUCAACAAAUCAGAUGUCCAACUUAUUGUUUUUGUCGCGAUAAUGCUGCAUAAAGCUCCCGCCGCAUUUGGUCUUGUCUCGUUCCUUUUAAUGGAAGCGAUCGAUCGUCGAUCGAUUCGAAAACACUUGCUGGUUUUUUCGUCAGCAGCGCCCUUUGCUGCUCUCACAACCUUCAUGUUGAUCACGCACAUGGGCGAAAGCUUGCGAUCCGAAUCGUCGACUGGUGUUCUGAUGUUGUUCUCCGCAGGAACGUUUCUCUAUGUGGCCACCGUACACGUUCUACCGGAAUUGGCGAACAACAGGCAAAAUAAUGAAUAUUCUUUGGUAGUCGAUGCUCAAGCUCCGGCCAGCAUAGGCCAUUCGCAUACAGGCGGAACAAGCUACAGUAUUCGCGAGUUGCUUCUCAUCAUUGGUGGAGCUGUUGUCCCGGCGAUUUUGGCAUCGGGUCAUUCUCAUUAA